ACCCACGCGAAGGGAGAAGCUUCUCUCUCUCUCCAACCUCCUCCGCCACCGCCGCGCCGCACCGCCCAUCUCUCCUGCUCCUCGUCGGCGGCAAUGGACGGCGGAGGCGACGGGGCCCAGGGCCUGGAGGAGCAGGCGGCGGCGGCGGCCGAGGCGGCGCGGGAGCUGCGGGACGCCGCGGCGGCCCUCGCCGUGCGCCGCGCCGCCGACGAGGACGCGCUGCGCCGCCGCGCCGUCGCGCUGGACGCCGACGUCCGCCGCCUCCAGGGCUCCCUCGCCCCCCUCGACCCCGCCACGCUCGACAAGGUCGAGGAGGAACUGGAGCGUGCCAGGGCAGCAAUCUUGGACGGCGACGUGGCUGCGUUUCUCCCAAGCAAGGGAAAUGGAAAGUUCCUUAAGAAGUUUGUUGGCCCUGUGAAUGUGCGGGUGGCAAGGAAGGAGGAUAAGCUCAAAGUGAAGGACGAGUACAACAAUUAUAGGGAUAGGGCUGCCUAUAUGUUCCUGUUGUUUCCAUCCACUCUCCUGUUACUGAGAUGGUGGGUGUGGGAUGGGUGCCUUCCAGCAUUGGCAGUUCAGGUGUACCAGGCUUGGUUAUUAUUCCUCUACACAAGUUUUGCUUUGCGGGAGAAUGUGUUGCUUGUAAAUGGAAGUGAUAUCCGUCCUUGGUGGAUAUACCACCACUAUUUAGCAAUGCUAAUGGCUCUUGUUAGCCUUACUUGGGAGAUAAAGGGACAGCCUGAUUGCUCGAGUAAGCAGAGAGGGGUACAGCUUUUCUUGCGUUGGGCAAUCAUGCAAGGAAUUGCGAUGCAUCUACAGAAUAGGUACCAGCGUCAAAGAUUACGCACCCGAAUUGCUCUGGGAAAGGCUAAAAGAAUGGAUGUCGUUGCUGGAGAAACAGCUGGUGUGGAAGGGCAGCUAUUGCUACUAUAUCCUGUUCUUUUUGUAUUACAGGGGUUUGAAGCAUAUGUUGGAGUGUUGCUUCUUCAGACGGCGUGGCACGGGCUCACCUCUGAAUGGCAGGUCAUAGUGUGCGGGAUCUUGCUGGUGGUGAUGGCGGUUGGUAACUUCGUCAACACGGUGGAGACUCUGGCCCUGAAACUGAGGUUCAAAGCAAAGAUGAAGAGGACGAGGCACAGGCAGGACCCUGGGCAGGGCGGUCCGGACCGCCUGCAUCAAAAUUGAUAGUAAUCCAGUAUGGUGCCACCCCAUGCCUGGAAUGGAAACAACAACAACACUGACAAAACCAUCUCUUCUGUAAAUCCUUAAAUCGGUACACCAUUUUUUGUUCCGUUCCCGUGUGUGUGCUCGUGGUUUUUCUUUUUCUGUUACUAGUAAAAUUCGGCCCCGUAGCAACGAAGCCCUAUGCUCCGUUCCAUGCACGAUAUGGCGACUCGACGGACAAUAAUGACACUUUCAAGUUGGUGCAA